AGAAAAUGUCUCUUCUUCGACUCGAGUAGUAACUUCCGCCUUCUGGGUUCGGUCCGUGCUCCACGUUUCCGUUUCGCGAGUGCUUCUUUUCGCUUGAGUCUCGGUAAUCAUGGCGGUAGGCAAGAACAAGGGGCUCUCGAAAGGAGGCAAGAAAGGCGUGAAGAAGAAGAUUGUGGAUCCUUUCACUCGCAAGGAUUGGUACGAUGUCAAAGCACCGUCUAUGUUUGCCAACCGGCAGGUUGGCAAGACCUUGGUCAACAGGACUCAAGGAACAAAGAUUGCCUCCGAGGGGCUGAAGUUCCGUGUGUUCGAGGUAUCUCUGGCCGAUUUGCAGAGCGAUCAGGAUGCGGAGAGGUCUUUCCGUAAGUUCAGACUGAUCGCCGAGGACGUCCAGGGCCGUAAUGUAUUAACUAAUUUUCACGGAAUGGAUCUGACUACGGACAAGCUGCGAUCGAUGGUGAAGAAGUGGCAGACUUUGAUCGAGGCCAACGUAGACGUGAAGACCACGGACGGCUAUCUGCUUCGAGUCUUCUGCAUCGGUUUCACGAAUAAGGAUCAGCUGAGCACGAGGAAGACGUGUUACGCUCAGCACGCGCAGGUUAAAAAAAUCAGACAGAAAAUGGUCGAAACCAUUACGGAGGACGUUACUAAGACCGAUUUGAAAGGCGUGGUUAGUAAACUACUUCCGGAUGCCACGGCCAAGGACAUCGAGAAAGCGUCGCAGGGUAUUUAUCCUCUGCACGACGUUUACAUUCGUAAGGUGAAAGUAUUGAAGAAGCCGCGCUUCGAACUCAGCAAAUUGCUGGAGUUGCACGGCGACGGUGGUGGUAACAAGAGCGAGGAGGCCGACGAAAGUGGUUCCAAGAUAGAUAGACCGGAGGGUUACGAGCCACCAGUACAAGAGUCCGUUUGAGGUGUUUUAACUCUUUCGUAAAAAUAAAGAUCAGACGAUCGUGUAAAUAACACGU